AUGGGGGCUUCAAAUUCCAGAGUGGAGGACGAUAAGGGUCUGCAGCUAUGCCGUGCCAGGAAGAAAUUCAUCAAACAAGCCCUCAACGGCAGGUGUUCCCUGGCCGCAGCCCACAUUGCCUACAUAGACGAGCUCACAAACAUUGGGACCGCGCUAAAAAAAUUUGUUGAGGCCGAUGCUCAGUCCGAGCCCCACCCUUACCCAUCCAGGAGCCCCACCCCGGGUCCACGUGCCUUGACCGAGAAGUCUGUCUCUCAUCUUUCUUCAUCCUCACGGUCCUUCUCCCAAAGUGCUGAGCCAACAAAUGUGCCUAAUACCCCCCCGGCCCUUUCGACCCCUCCCUCGAGCAACUACCACGCCCAUCACAUGAGAUUUCGGAGCCCGUUCUCGAAAAAAGUCGAGGAGAGGCCCCCCGAGCCUGUCAUGGUAUCGGUCUCGUCCAAUACUCCUCCGUAUGGAACUCCGAGGUCCGCCGGUGCGCCUGAGCCGUCUUCCUUUGGAACACCCGUCCGAGAUGAGACUGCACCGUGGGACUAUUUCGGCCUUUUUCAGCCGGUGGACGAUCAUUUUUCUUCCCAAGAGGGUCUAGUGAAUCAUAAGACGGAGGAUGAGGUUCCCGAACUAGAGGAUAGCAUGAACGAGAAGCUAUCGUCAAGCUCUUCGGAGGAUGAAUUUGACGAGCCCUCAUCAGCCACGCUUGUCCGGAGUUUCAAAAACUUGAACCGGGAGAAGGAGAAUGGCAUCAACGGCAAUUCAUCUACCGUGGUUUUGGAAAGUCGUGCCUUGGAGACCAAGUUUUCAGGAUUUGAGAGUGGUGAGGAAGUAAAAGAUGAUGGGGAUUCACCGGCCAGGUCGGCAGGGAAUAUAGAACCGGAGCCAAAUUCUGCAAAUGGGGUGAAAAAAAAUUCUCCUGAUUUGUCACCGCUGAGGGCUGCAUCGUCGAGGUUUGCGUAUUUGAAUGAUGUGAAGAUGAUGCAGAUGGAGCAGAGUCAGGUGGAGGAGAAGGUUGCGCCCAAGGACUUUGUUUUGAGCAUCAAGGAUAUCGAGCAGCUUUUUUUUAAAGCGUCUGAAUCAGGGAAAGAGGUUCAUCGGAUGCUGGAAGCGAAUAAAUUCCAUUUUCGUCCUGUUUUUCGUGGAGAACUUACCUCAUCAUUGCUAAAAUCUUGUUUCUCUUGCGGGGAUGACCCAAGCGAGGCUCAACAAGAGCCGCCACAGAACUCUGUCAAGUACUUAACUUGGCAUAGGACGACAUCGUUUCGCUCUGGUUCAUCUAGGAAUCUUCUAAGCGCAAAUUCCACCAAUGGUGCCGAUGAUCUUGCGAACAAUCUUUUUGACAACUCAUGUAUGGUCUCGGGAAGUCAUGCAUCAACCUUAGAUAGGCUAUAUGCAUGGGAGAAGAAGCUUUACGAUGAAGUUAAGUGUGGACAGGUGCUUAGGAGUCAUUUUGAUCAGAAGUGCAAGCUGCUUAGACAGCAAGAAUCAAGAGGAGAGAACACCGACAAGACUCGUGCUGUGGUCAAAGACCUACACUCGAGAAUCGGAGUCGCUAUCCACAGAAUAAACUCCAUCUCGAAAAAGAUUGAAGAAAUUCGAGACAAAGAACUUCAGCCACAACUUGAGGAGUUAAUCGAAGGAUUAAGGAAGAUGUGGGAACAGAUGCUCGAAUGCCACACACUCCAAUUCCACAUCAUCUCCAUAUCCCACUCACCCGCGGGCCCCAGGCUCACCGUGGUACAAUCGGACUCCCGAAAGCAAUUCACGUUCCUCCUCGGCAGCUCACUGAAUUCCUUCUCGUCUGCCUUUUCGAAAUGGAUCGAGGCCCAGAAGCUGUAUGUGGAGUCCAUUGAGAAGUGGCUGUUCAAAUGUGUCUCUCUACCCCAGACCACCUCUAAACGCAACAAGCGGAUGAAACCGCCGCCUUUGAGAAACCUGGGCCCGCCAAUCUACACCAUAUGUGGGGCCUGGCUUGAGGCGAUGGACAAGCUGCCGGCAAAAGGGGUGGUUGACUCGGUCAAAGACCUGGCCCACGAGGUGUCCCGCUUUCUGCCUCGUCAGGAGAAGAAUCAGAAUCAGAAUCAGGGGAAAGGUUCUGAUAGAAUGUCGUUGGGGGAUGAAGGUGUGAGCAUGCUGAGGGAGGAAGUUAGUUCGGAGGAUUGGGUGCCGGUUAUGGACCGGUUUCAGACGGGCCUGACCCGUUUCCUCGGGCAGCUGAACGAUUUUGCGGGCACGUCGGUUAAGAUGUUUGAGGACCUGCAGGAGGCGAUCAAGCAGGCCAAGAGUAACUACGAACAAUACAAGUCACAACAGGGGGUUUAA